GGGACCGCCUGUAUAAGUGUCAUCGUUCCAUCGCUUGCCGUUAGUCUUGCAUCUCAUUUCUCUUCAUUUUUCCUUAGAAAUUUCCAUAAAACUCUCUCGAAGCUUCUUUUUUCUCGACGAUCAUGGCGGAGUCUGAAGCCAAUCCGACAACUGAGCCUCUGGCACAGUCGACGACCGAUGGAGGAGAGAAGCACCUGAAGCAUCUCGAAUUUGUGCAAAGCGCGGUGAUCUAUUUUGUUGUUUGUUUCUCGACAGUUUACGAAUACGCCAAGGAGAACUCCGGUCCGUUGAAGCCUGGUGUUCAAACUGUGGAAAGCACCGUUAAAACCGUCAUCGGACCUGUGUACGAGAGGUUUCAGGACGUUCCUUUUGAGGUCCUUAAGUUUGUUGAUCUGAAGGUGGACGAUACGUUGAAUGAGUUGAAUCGCCAUGUACCAUCGGUGAUGAAACAGGCUCCAAGCCAAGCCAAAUUCAAAGAAUUAGCUUCAGAGGGAGUUAAAAUGGCUUCAAGAAUGGCUAAUUCAGUCUACAAAAAAUACGAGCCCACAGCUAAAGAGCUGUACGCAAGCUAUGAGCCUGUAGCCGAGAAGUACGCCGUGUCAGCCUGGCGAGAAAUGAAUAAGCUUCCAUUGUUCCCUCAGGUAGCUCAAGUUGCAGUUCCCACCGCCGCAUACGUGGCGGAGAAAUACAACGUUGCAGUUUGUUACACGGCGGAGAAAGGUUAUCCGGUGGCGCAAUAUCUGCCGUUGGUUCCGAUUGAGAAGAUCGCAAAGGUAUUCAAAGAAGGUGAAAAUGUACCACCAGUUGCACAAAGUGGGCAAAGUGCACAAAGUAAUCAGGUGAUGACAUGAUAUCUAUUUGUUACAAAACUGAAAAAAAUAUAUAUAUGGUAUUUAGGGUCGGGAACUGUUGCAGUUGUCAUAUGGCAUAUGAUGUGGUUUAAUUACCUUUAGUGGUGUGAUAGCUUUACUCUAAAUUUUCUUUUUACUUUUUUAAUUAUUUUCUUUUAUUUUUUAUGUUAUGGUUUAUUUUUUUAUGCAUGUAGUGAGGUGGGUUUUUGUUUUGGAGUAAUAUAAGUUUAAGUGUAGUUUGAGUUUCAUCUU